AUGAAAAAAGCUGCUGUUGACAGCAUACCUGUGACCAUUUCUACCUUCCACCGCCGUCGUACAAGUGGUGAGGAUCUGACAUGCCAACCUCAACUCUUAGUCAGAAGCACUCCAGUAACAAUUGUGACAUUAGGCACCACACCGGUUGCCAGUUCUGAGGCUACCACCCUUUCAACAACUCCUGCUGACUCAAAUAUUACUGUGACCACUUCCAGUCAGGUCAGUUCUUCUAGGACAAUUGCUGAAGCUACUAGCAUGCCAAUCUCAAUUCCUAUCAUGGAGAAGCACUCCAUUAAAGUAUACCUGUCAGUACCACAUUUGCUGGCCAGUUCCGGAGUUGGCACUUUUGAAACCACUCCUGUUGACUUCAACACCCCUGUGACCACUUCUGCUGAAGCCAUCAUCUGCUACAACUGGCAGCACCACACAUGUGACCAGUUCUGCGGGCAGCACUUUCCUAGUGAAGGAAGCACUCCAUUAACAACUAUUCCUGUCAGCACCACACGUGUGACGAGUUCUGGGGACAGCAUGCUUUCAACACCUUCUGUUGGCACCAGCACACCUGUGACCACUUCUACCCACAUCAGUUCAUCCCCUACAACUCCUGAAGGUACUAGUAUGGCCACCUCAACUCCUAGUGAAGGAAGCACUCCAUUAACAACUAUUCCUAUGAGCACCACACCUGUGACCAGUUCUGCGGGCAGCACGCUUUCAACACCUUCUGUUGACAUCAGCACACCUGUGACUACUUCUAUCCAAGUCAGUUCGUCUGCUACAACUCCUGAAGGUACCAGUAUUCCAACCUCCAUUCCUAGUGAAGGAAGCACUCCAUUAACAACUAUUCCUGUCAGCACCACACGUGUGACCAGUUCUGCGGGCAGCAUGCUUUCAACACCUUCUGUUGGCACCAGCACAUCUGUGACCACUUCUACCCACGUCAGUUCAUCUGGUACAACUCCUGAAGGUACCAGUAUGGCCACCUCAACUCCUAGUGAAGGAAGCACUCCAUUAACAACUAUUCCUGCCAGCACCACACGUGUGACCAGUUCUGAGGGCAACACCCUUUCAACACUUUCUGUUGAUACCACCACACCUGUGACCACUUCUACCCAUGUCAGUUCAUCUCCUACAACUCCUGAAGUCACCACCAUGCCAAUCUCUACUUCUAGUGAAGGAAGCACUCCAUUGACCACUAUUCCUGUCAGCACCACACGUGUGACCAGUUCUCAGGGUAGCACCCUUUCAACACCUUCUGUUGACACCAGCACACCUGUGACCACUUCUACCCAAGUCAGUUCAUCUCCUACCACUCCUAAAGUCACCACGAUGCCAAUCUCAACUCCUAGUCCACGAAGCACUCCAUUAACCACUAUUCCUGUCAGCACCACACGUGUGACCAGUUCAGAGGGCAGCACCCUUUCAACACCUUCUGUUGACACCAGCACACCUGUGACCACUUCUACCCAAGUCAGUUCAUCUCCUACAACUCCUGAAGGUACCAGUAUGGCAACCUCGACACCUAGUGAAGGAAGCACUCCAUUAACAACUAUUCCUGUCAGCACCACACGUGUGACCAGUUCUGCGGGCAGCAGGCUUUCAUCACCUUCUUUUGACACCAGCACACCUGUGACUACUUCUAUUCAAGUCAUUUCAUCUGCUACAACUCCUGAAAGUACCAGUAUUCCAACCUCGAUUCCUAGUGAAGGAAGCACUCCAUUGACAACUAUUCCUGUCAGCACCACACAUGUGACCAGUUCUGAGGGCAGCACGCUUUCAACAACCUCUGUUUACACCAGCACACCUGUGACCACUUCAACUCAAGUCAGUUCAUCUCCUACAACUCCUGAAGGUACCAGUAUGGCAACCUCGACUCCUAGUGAAGGAAGCACUCCAUUAAUAACUAUUCCUGUCAGCACCACACGUGUGACCAGUUCUGCGGGCAGCAUGCUUUCAACACCUGCUGUUGGCACCCGCACACCUGUGACCAAUUCUACCCACGUCAGUUCAUCUCCUACAACUCCUGAAGGUACCAGUAUGGCCACCUCAACUCCUAGUGAAGGAAGCACUCCAUUAACAACUAUUCCUGUGAGCACCACACCUGUGACCAGUUCUGCGGGCAGCACGCUUUCAACACCUUCUGUUGACACCAGCACACCUGUGACUACUUCUAUCCAAGUCAGCUCAUCUGCUACAACUCUUGAAGGUACCAGUAUUCCAACCUCGAUUCCUAGUGAAGGAAGCACUCCAUUAACAACUAUUCCUGUCAGCACCACACAUGUGACCAGUUCUGAGGGCAGCAACCUUUCAACACUUUCUGUUGACACCACCACACCUUUGACCACUUCUACCCAUGUCAGUUCAUCUCCUACAACUCCUGAAGUCACCACCAUGCCAAUCUCUACUCCUAGUGAGGGAAGCACUCCAUUAACCGCUAUUCCUGUCAACACCACACGUGUGACCAGUUCUCAGGGUAGCACCCUUUCAACACUUUCUGUUGACAACAGCACACCUGUGACCACUUUUCCACGGGUCAGUUCAUCUCCUACCACUCCUGAAGUCACCACCAUGCCAAUUUCAACUCCUAGUCUACGAAGCACUCCAUUAACGACUAUUCCUGUCAGCACCACACAUGUGACCAGUUCUGAGGGCAGCACCCUUUCAACACCUUCUGUUGACACCAGCACACCUGUGACCACUUCUACCCAAGUCAGUUCAUCUCCUACAACUCCUGAAGGUACCAGUAUGGCAACCUCGACUCCUAGUGAAGGAAGCACGCCAUUAACAAGUAUUCCUGUCAGCACCACACGUGUGACCAGUUCUACGGGCAGCAUGAUUUCAUCACCUUCUGUUGACACCAGCACACCUGUGAUUACUUCUAUCAAAGUCAGUUCAUCUGCUACAACUCCUGAAGGUACCAGUAUUCCAACCUCGAUUCCUAGUGAAGGAAGCACUCCA